AUGGUAGAUGAUGAAAAUAUGUAUAAUAAUGAAGGUGAAAGCAUGAAAUUAAAACCAACUUUUAUAAUAAAUGGUUUGCUACAAAAUUUAUUUUGUAGUCAAUCUUCUAGACUAAUCAUGAAAGAAAGUAAAAAAGUAAAAUAUAGAAUGGAAAUAUUUAUAAUACUGUUAAUAGGAAUCUUGAGUUUUUUAAUUCGUUUAUUUUCAGUUAUAAGAAAUGAGCCUAUAAUACAUGAAUACGAUCCAUAUUUUAAUUAUAAAUUGACAAAUAUAUUAAAUGAAAAAGGUUUCUAUGAAUUUUGGAAUUAUUUUGAUGAGAAAUCUUGGUUUCCAUUAGGUAGAAUAACAGGGCAAACAUUAUUCCCAGGAUUAAUGAUAACCAGUUUUUUAAUUUAUAAAAUUUUUCAUUUUUUGGGAUUUUUGGUAGAUGUGAGAAAUAUAUGUAUAUAUAUAGGACCUAUAUUCAGUUUUUUUACUUGCAUAAUAUCUUAUUUGUUAACAAAAGAAAUUUAUCAUUUUAGCGGAGCUUCUUUACUAUCUUCGUUAUUUGUAUCCAUUUCUCCAUCUCAUAUAUCAAGAACAGUAGCAGGGUCUUAUGAUAAUGAGUCUAUAUCUAUAUUUUUAUUAUUGUUAUGUAUUUAUAAUUGGAUUAAAUGCUUAAAAAAAGGAACUCUUUUAUCUGUACUAAUAUGUUCCAUUUCUACUUAUUAUAUGGCCUUAUCAUGGGGGGCAUAUAUAUUUAUAACAAAUUCAAUUAGCCUGUUUAUGUUAGUUAUUAUAAUUUUAAAAAAAUAUACUAUAAAACAUUGUAUACUUUAUAAUGUAUACUAUGUAUUAACAACGAUACUGUGCCUUAAUAUUCCAUGCAUUAAUCAUUCUGUUUUCAGUAGCAUUGAACAUCUGGCAACUCAUGCAAUUUAUUUUCUUUGCAGCGUGUUAGUAUUUUUUCAUUUUAUAAUAACAUACUUUAAGUUAAAUGAACAAAAUUUAAAGAAAAAAUUUAUUCAGAUAUCAUUUAUUUUUUUUUUUUUGAUUUUCAAGUUUUUAGUAUUUACUGAUAAAUUAUCAUGGAAUCAUAGGUCGAGGACUUUAUUGGAUCCUACCUAUGCAUCCAAAUACAAUCCAAUUGUUGCAUCUAUAUCUGAACAUCAACCAACUACUUGGUCUUCUUAUUUUUUUGAUAUACAUCUAGUUUUAUUAUUUUUCCCUAUUGGUUUAUAUCACUGUUUAAACAAAAAUGCAACGUUGGAAUUAUUUUUUUUAGGAAUUUUUUCAAUUUUGUGUUUAUAUUUUUCAUCGCUUAUGGUUCGAUUGCUUUUAAUAUUUUCUCCCUUUGCUUGCAUAUUAAGUGGAAUCGGCUUGUCUUCUUUAAUAAGUCAUUACGUUGUAUUUAUUAGAAUUCCAAGAAAUACUUUUCUUUCAUCUAUUGUUAUAAAAAAUGAAGUUUUCAGUUCUUUGAAUACAAAUAAAAAUACUGAUAGUCAUAUUUGUAAUAAAAAUAAUGAUUUUAGUAAUAGUAUAGAUAAUUCUAAUAAUAAUGAUAUUAGUAAUAAUGAUUGUGACGAUGCUAAUAAUAAUGGUGAUAAUGAAAGCAAAGAAAAUAAAACUAUUUCAAAUAAAGAUUAUAAAUUAUGGAGAAGAAACAAAAUAAAUUAUAUAAGUAAUAAAUGUUCUACUGGAGAAUGCAGAUAUUUCAGAAAAAAUAGUGAGAAAAUUUUAAAUAGAGAUAAAGAAAGUGAAAAUUAUCUUAUAUCAAAUGAAAGAAAAAUUAAUACAAAAAUAAAUGAGAUUCAUGAAAUUAAAAGGAGAAAGUUUAAAGAUAAGAAUAUAUUAACGAACGAUAGUAAUUAUACUCAAAUGGUAGUGAGAAAAUUGAAUUUUAAUAGAAUAGAAAACAACAAUGUAUCUAUAUUAACUAGUAUAUUCAUAAUUAUUUUAAUAAUUUAUUAUUUGAUUCUAAUUAUUUUUCACUCUACUUGGUGCUCAUCAAUAGCUUAUUCAGAAUCUAACAUAACUUUUUAUAGUAGAAAUAAAAAGGGUGAAAGAUACAUUAAUGAUGACAUUAGACAAAUGUAUAAAUGGAUCAUGAACAAUACAAAAAAAGAUUCUAAAAUAGUUUCUUGGUGGGAUUAUGGAUAUCAAUUAAGUGUUAUGAGUGAUAGAAUAACUUAUGUUGAUAACAAUACAUGGAAUAAUAAUCAUAUAGCAACUAUUGGUUUGAUAUUAAGUACUAAUGAAAAAAACGCAUAUGAGUAUUUAAAAAAAUUAGAUGCUGAUUAUUUAUUAGUAUCAUAUGGAGGAUAUUCUAAAAAUUCUUCAGAUGAUUUAAAUAAAUUCCUGUGGAUAUUAAAAAUAACAAACAAAAGAUUUAAUUUUAUUAAUCCUUUAUUAUAUUAUUAUCAUGAUAAAUAUCAUCCCUUAGGUAAAAAUGCUACACCAUUCAUGACUAAUAGCGUUUUGUAUAAGCUAUCAUAUUACAAUUUAACAAAUUCUAAAGUAAAAGGAUAUGAUUAUAUUAGAAAAAUUGAGGUACCUGAAGUAAAAAAUUUGAAAUACUUUGAAGAAGUAUUUACAUCAGAUGUAUGGGGAUUCCGUCUAUAUAAAAUUAAGGAAUAUGCCUAA